AUGAGAAAGCAGAUCUACUUUGACAACAGAGCUUUCAAAGAGUGCCACGCGGUGCUGCCUCCACAAGUCUUCUUCGACAACUGCGUGUUCGACCUGUGUGCCACGGGCGGCAACCCCCUGUCGCUGUGCCAGGCCCUGCAGGCCUACGCCGACCAGUGUGCCCAAGCUGGGGUCAUCGUCACGUGGAGGAACAACACCUUCUGCCCACUCACUUGCAAACCGGGCAGCCACUAUGAGAGCUGUGCACCACCCUGUCCAGCCACCUGCAGCAACACAAGUCUCCCGGGUGGCUGCAACCAUCUUUGUGGGGAGGGCUGUGUCUGUGACGACGGCUUCGUCCUCUCUGGGGACAAGUGCGUCCCGGCGGAGCAGUGCGGUUGCCUGGAUAACAACGGAAACUACCACCCGCUCGGGGAGAACUGGUUUGAAUCGGAGACCUGCGACCGGCGCUGCACAUGCGUGAUGCCCGGAUACGCGAGUUGCGAUGCCUGGCACUGUGGAAGGCAAGAGGUCUGCACUGUGGAUGAUGGCAUUCUGGGCUGCCACAGCAAGGGUUAUGCCACGUGCCACGUUGCCGGAGAUCCCCACUACUUCACCUUUGACUUGAUAAUGAUCAGCUACAUGGGCACAUGCACGUACACGCUGGUGGACGUGUGCACCGACACCAACGUGACGCCCUUCACCAUCACUGCAAAGAACGAGGAGCACGGGCAGGCUUCCGGCUCCUACCUCAAGCACGUGAUCGUCGACAUCGCGGGCCACCGCGUCACCCUGCAGAAGCGCCACCGCGUGCUGGUCGACGAUAAGCGAGUUAAGACCCCCAUCGAAGAUUUGGUCCCAGGGGUUAAGAUCGGCAUAAGCGGAAGCUACGUUCUCCUGGAGACUGAUUUUGGCGUCACAGUCAAAUUUGAUGGAAAACAUCACCUUGAGAUCAACACUCCAAGUACUUACUUUAACAAGGUCAGUUUGGUUCGGAGACUCAGCACCUACAUUGCAACAGAAAAUAUCAGAGGCACACUCGAAGGAAUGUUUUAAAUAACAUUCACUACUCCUAUACCCAGGGCCUGUAUCACACAGUGGCAGUGGCAGAGAGAACCACGGCAAGGGUAGUGGACCUGAGAGGUGAUAAUCUUCCUACAUUGAAUCAUGGGGUUGGAAGAGAAAAUGGAUUACUGAGCAAAGCUGUGUGAGGAAAGAAGGAAGAGCAUGAAUGUUCCAUCCUAAAACGAGGUGGCAGCAUCAUCAUCAUCAGAUGCGAUCGGUUCACUGAUGAAUGAAGGCUCUCCUAAGCUGGCACCAUCUUUCAUGAUCCAUAAUUUGAAAAUCCCCACAAAGUACCUGCACAAUAACUUAUUUCAUUGCUCCAUCUUCAUGGUGGAUACCCUCUCAGGAAACAGCAGCAUGUGUUUGAAUGGAUUCAUGGUUAACAAUGUCCUAUACAGACAGGUAUAUUGUUAAAUCUCUUUACACUGUCACUUAAAAUCCGUUUAAAUGUUUUUUCCUGUCGCUAAUACCAUAGUUUUAUUAUGACCACACGCAUGCAUUUGUAGUGCAAAUAUUUCUACCCCUGUGAUUCGGGGGUAGAAAUACUCACGGGAUCCCAGAUUACAGUUAAAAUGACGUUAUGAAGGAAAGGAAAGAGAAGACGGGGCGAGAGAGACAGAGAGGGAACGCCCAGGCAGAGAGUGGGGACGUCACUGGAUGAAGUGGGGCCAUCGAGGUGCUUCCUGGAGGGAUUUGGAGUGGAGUGGACGUGCGCGGCUUGAGCUGGCACAUAAAAUAAAGAAGUGUGUGUCAUCCUUAUCUUCAUCUGGUGGACUCAUUACAACUGGUGGCAGCGGUGGAAUCCCGAAGAUGCCUCGACGCGGUAAUGGAAAAUGACCCCGACCAAGACCCCAGCGAGGAGGGAGAAGAACGUGCCUCCACUCCCAAUGCCCCAGACAGCUGUGAUCCAGAGACAGCACAGUCUACAGACAGGAUGGCGAAAAGCGAGGAGUAACUCGUCUGAGAAGCCUCGACCCCGCGAGAGAAGGAGGCCCUGGGCGGACCGAGUCCAUCAAUUCAAAGAGGCAGUAAUGCUACUCCUGCAAUGGUUACGGGAAGACAAGAUGGCAACUAGCCCAGCGACUGCGCCGUCCACGAGCCCAUGAGGGGCCCCUGUCGUCCUGGUAAAGAAACCAGCCGGUUCAGUGCGGCUUUGCAUCGACUUCCAUAGACUGAAUCAGGUCACAAUGGUGGAUGCUUAUCUGCUCCCGCGGAUUGACGAUUCCUUGGACGCCUUAGUGGGCACCAAAUACUUUUCUACAUUGGACCUAUAAUCUGGGUUUUGGCAGCUACCGCUAGAUGAGGAUUCAAAAAACAAGACUGCCUUUGGAACACUGCAGGCGUUAUUUCAUGUUAACUGUCUCCCCAUGGGAUUACAAAUGGCCCCAGCCACAUUCUCAUGGAACUAGUACUAACGGGUCUCCAAUGGGACAUUUGCCUGAUGUAUUUGGAUGACUUAAUUUGGUUCAGACGCUCUUUCCAAGAACGCUUACACCGGCUGAGGCUGUAUUUCUCACGUAUCAGCGGAGCACAAUUGAAACUCAAGCCUUCUAAAUGCCAUUUCAAACAGCCUUCCGUCAGAUACCUGGGGCACAUAGUGCAAUAGGGGUGGCAACUGCUCCCAAGAAGACACGGUGUAUUAGAGAAUGGCCAACCCCUGGAUCCGUAGCAGAUGUCAGAAGCUUUAUAGGCUUUGUACAGGAUUUUGCGGCCAUUUAAAAAAAACCCUACACACACAGCUAAGGGGCAGAGGUUCCAAUAGGGUAAAGAAGAGAACAGAGCUUUGAAAAAUCUGCGGACGCUCCUCACGGGGGCGCCACCAUUAGCUUACCCAAAUUAUUCAUUGCCCUUCACGCUAUAUAUGGAUGCAAGCGAUGU